CCGAAUGCUGUGGAUGGCAGCAGAUUCACCCUCCAAACAGGCGAGAGCAAACUGCUCCUAAUCUGCAAAAACAAUUUUAGACUCAGGCAUUUGAACAGUUAAGGUUCCUCAAGAAAGAGAAUUAUGAAAAGCACAAUCACAGCUGCCAUAUGCCUGGUCUUCCUGGCCCCUCUCAGCACUAAAGGAAUGAGUGUGCGGGGAAUAGGGGUGGAUCUGCGGUGUCGCUGUAUCGAGACGGAGAGCCGACGAAUGGCGAAACUCAUCCAGAGUGUGGAGCUCUUCCCUCCCAGUGCCCACUGCAAGGACACGGAGAUCAUUGCCACUCUGAAAGGGACUGGUCAGCAGAUCUGUCUGGACACCACCGCUCCCUGGGUCAAAAAGGUCAUAGAGAAAAUCCUGGCCAACAAGAAGCCCUAAAGUGGAGAAGAAUUUUCCUGAGAUUUUCAUCCAUAUUUUCAACAAACUUUACAACUCAAGAUCAAAUAGCACAACACUGUUAUCCAUUUUAACCGUUAUAAUUUUUAACUGUUUAACUGCAUACAAUCUUUGUUGAUGAUCUUGAUUAUGUCAUGUCUGAGCACAAGUUAGACACACAAGCAGCUGGCCUGUGUUUUCAGUAUUUCUCAGUAUGAGAAUGGUGUAACUUAUUGAAGAGUUACUGUGACGUCUGUCUCUUUUGCAGAGACUUAUUAUGACAUAUUUUUUUACGCUGUACCUUAGCUAUAUGUCAAAUUGACAUCACUGUUUUUAAACCACUAAGUUUUAUUAACACUUAAAACAAAUUAUACAGAAUAGAAAUAACUAGGAUUGCAGUAUUUAUUUAUAUGUAUUUACUUAUUUAUUCAACUAAAUAUGGAUAUUUGGAUAUUGGAUGUGUGGUAGAUAAUUAAAAGUGAAGGUAGCUUGCUUCUUGAAUGUAUUUGUUUUUCUUGAUUUUUAUCUGUGAAUAAAUGUUUUUUUCUGAGAUACA